AUGGAGUCCCUUCGCUCCGUCGUUGCUUCAUUGGUCAAAGGAGAAUUCAUGGCGUCCAUAGACAUUCAGGAUGCCUACCGGCACGUCCCCAUCGCAGCCGUUCACCAAUGUUUUCUUCGUUUCGCUGUUCAGUCGUGCCAUUACCAAUUCGGCCUGGCGACAGCUCCGCGGGUGUUCACGAAGGUUGUUGUGCGUAUUCGACCACUUAAUCAGGCUGAAAUAGAGGAGGGGGUGCAGUGCAUAACAUAUAAACUGGGAGAACAAAUGUUACUACUGAAGGAUCCAAAUGAAGAUCCAGAUUACGCCUGGAGGAUGAAUCGUUCCAGGCAGAGAACCUUUGUGUUUGAUGAGGUGCUGGAGCAGUAUGCUUCGCAGGACUGCGUGUAUGAGUCAACGACAAAACGCCUGGUAGAAAGCAUCGUCUCCGGGUACAAUGCCACGGUCUUUGCUUAUGGUCCAACAGGCACAGGUAAGACAUACACCAUGCUGGGAGUGGAUGGCGAUCCUGGAAUAUUCAUUAGGACUCUGAAUGAUCUCUUCAGGACCAUCGAGGAGAUUAGUGACAGCGCAAAUUAUUCUGUCUCGAUAUCCUACCUGGAGAUCUACAAUGAGUUAAUCCGCGACCUGUUAAACCCUUCGUCUGGGUUUCUGGAGCUAAGAGAUGACGCUAAAGGAAAUGUGCAGAUUGCCGGGAUUAUGGAAUUCUUCACGAACAACGCUGAAGAGGUGAAUAUGCUGCUAAAAAAGGGAAACAGACAUCGGACGCAAGAACCUACUGCCGCUAACAAGACCUCUUCCCGAUCCCAUGCAGUGCUGCAGGUCACUGUGAAGCACAGGAGCAAAUCACACAAUGUCCAAGAUGUGCUGAGGAUCGGAAAGCUGUACAUGAUUGAUCUGGCGGGGUCAGAGAGAGCGGCGCAGACACAAAACCGAGGCCAGAGGAUGAAAGAGGGGGCGCAUAUCAACCGCUCCCUGUUAGCACUCGGGAACUGUAUCACAGCACUGAGCGAGCGAGGGGGGAGCCAUGCUCAUCAUAUAAACUACAGAGACAGCAAACUGACUCGGCUCCUAAAGGACGCAUUAGGUGGGAACAGCAGGACAGUCAUGAUAGUGCACAUCAGCCCGGCCGCUGCCGCCUUCGAGGAAUCCCGCACCACGCUCAUCUAUGGCAGCAGAGCCAAGAACAUCAAGACAAGGGUGAAGAGGAACUACGAGAGCGUCACACAGCACAUUGCUCAGUAUGGUGGAUUCAUCUCCAACCUUCACCAAGAGAUCCAUCAGCUGCAGAGCAGCAUCAGACAACACGAGCGAGAGCUAAGAGAACUCAAAGACAUGGGGCUAAGGAUGCGAGACAGACAAGGUAUUGUUAUCACUAAUACUGCACCGUAUAUAUAUCAAGAUCAUGUCAGUUUGGAAGAACAGCUCAUCAACACUUUUCAGGAGCAUCUGGAAGUGAGACGCAGCCUCCUGCAGCUGAACAAUGCUAAUAUGGAGAUGCGCAUCGAUGCCAUCAGACAUCUGGCCACCAUUGCUGACUGGGAGCAGGAGAAAGCUCGGGAAUCCACACGGCCAAGAAGAGAUAAGGUCACCGAGGAUAUAGACUCAGGGGACGAGGCGGAUGAAGAAGAUGCAGAUGUGGUUGAGCCUCUUGAAGUCGUGGUGGCCAGAGAAGAAAUUAAUAUGCUUCUUGCCGAGCAGAAGAAAACUGCAUCUAUGAUGGAGGAACUGGAAGAACUUUGGGCAAGAGCUAAAAUGAGGACAUCUCAGCUGGAGCAGAUGAUUCCAGAUCAGCUCAGUAGUGACCAGCGGGAGGUCUUUAGGUUGCUGCACAAACUCCACGAGUUGCAGGUCUGGAAUACGGAGCUACGGGCCCGGAGUGUCUGCAAUGACAGCAGUCUACUCUACCAGAAGGACUUUGUGAUCAUGAGCUACCAGCAGUACAAGGCCUUAUGUGAAAAGAUCAUCCAUCUGCAAAAGGCUCUCAUAGAAGAUGACAAGGCUCUUGGUCCAGAGCUGCUGGAGAAGCUUCAUCAAUCAUACUCAAAGGAGAUGGAGGGUGGAACGAUGGGCCGCCUGGAGCAGCUGCACUCCCUGUUAUCAGGCAGACUUAAAGACGAUACAGUGCAAAAUGGGGUUGACCCGGAGAAUUAUGGAGGUUCGCUCCUGCACCUGGAUAUCGAACAACAAGAAAAAGCAGUGAGUGAGAGGAAGAAGAGCGGUGGGUACUGCACAAGAUACAGCUUGUCUCCUUACACCGCCGAUUCAGACAGUGACUGCGGGACUUCAAAAUCAACUCCUGGAUUGAAGCCCACAAGACAAAAUUCUUGCCUGAGCCUAACACCCUUUCACCAUUUGAGGACCCCAAAACAUCAGACAGUUAAUUAUCCCUCCAAAGAAGGCACACCGACCAAGUUGUUUCCAAAUUCCUUUAAUCGGAGAUGCUCCCUUUCUGUCCUGCCGCUCAGCCCUGAAGCCCUGGAAGAGAUUGCUGCUAGAACGAAAAGCAUAUCUCUGGUUGCGGCCAAGAGACGUUCAAACGUUGCCAGCACCGAGUCUUCAUUCAUCUUAAAGAAAGAGAAUGGCGUCCCCUCAUUGCAUGUCCCAGAGACCCCGAGGAUCGUACUUCUUCCACCUGUAAGGAAGGCUGUGAGCACAGAAAGCCUGGCCACAAUAGCUCCAAGGAAAGAUGAGGACACCAAGCUCCUCGCCUCUGCCAGUUCCAAAAAACUCCAAAUCCAAAAAAGCUUCUGGGGAAAAAGGUCCCGCUCAUUUGAAGCUGCCUCUUCACAGCUGACAAAGUCUCACAGUAUGCAAAGAGCCUAUCCCGACAGACUUCAUUGGACAUCACCUCAUUCCGGAUUUCCCACCAAGCCAACACGGAUUGCCUCUAAAGACAAGAUCAUGUUGAAUACCAAGACAUAUGUGAGGCCCAAGGGAAAGAAGAGUAUUCCUAACAACGUGCCACCAGCAACCAUGAUGCCUGAGAACUGUGAUCAACAAACCGGAGAAUGUCCUCUUCAGGUUCUUCAGGUCAACAGGAGGCCUCCCAGUAUGAUCCAGCAGAUCAAUGCAGGAUCAGAGAAGGGCCAAGUCCUACACAAGAGAGUCAAAGGUCCAGAAGAAGUCACAGCUGGCAAAUCCAGAUUUCCAGGAAAUCUACACCCCGCAAACACCGCGGGUAAAAUCCCAUCAAGGCAGAAGAACAGGAGGAAAUGACCGGACUGGAAAACGUCAAGAACCUGUGAAUUGUGUAUAAGUGAAAUC